GCGCGGGGCAUGCUGGGAGUUGUAGGCGGUGCCGGGAGUGCCGGGCGUUGUGGUCGGGAAACGCGCGGGGCAUUGUGGGAGUUGUAGGCGGCGCGGCGCGGGCCCCGCUGGAGGCGCUGUAAAUCCUGGAUCCUCCCUUCCCAUGGCUGGGUGCCGAGGAGCUGCCUGAUGGUUCCCAGGCCGUGCUGAGGCUGCUCUGCCAGGACAGACAUGGGCAAAAGGUACUUCUGUGACUACUGUGACAGGUCCUUUCAGGACAACCUGCACAACAGGAAGAAACACCUCAAUGGAGUGCAGCACCUCCGGGCUAAGAGAGCCUGGUACGACUUAUUCCGAGAUGCCGCCGCCAUCCUGCAGGAGGAGCAAACCAAGAAACCCUGUCGGAAGUUCCUGCAGACAGGACAGUGUGAUUUUGGGUCCAACUGCAGAUUUUCCCACAUGACAGAGCAGGACCUGGAGAAGCUGAGUGCUCAGGUUCAAGGGGAGAAGAGGCUGAGGGAGCUGCGGCAGGAGGGAGCAGAUAUCCCACCUGGCACCAUCGAGGACUGGCUGGAGAAGAGAGCCCAGAGACUGAGGGUGGCUCAGAGCAACAGUGCUCUUCCCGAGAAACCGGCACCGUUCCAGUACCCGCCGGGCUGGCCCCCAGUGCAGGAGCUGCCCCCGUCCCUGCAGGCCCCCCCACCCGGGGGGUGGCCAGUGCCCCCCACCCUGCAGUGGGGCUGAUGGGGGUGCAGUCCUGCCUCUGCCCUGGGAAAGGCAUGGAAUUAUGGAAUCAUUUAUCUGCACUUUUCUAUCAAUAAAUCCCUCCCCC